UCGGCCGACACCACCUCCCUCUCCCACCUCGUCGCCGGGCUCAAACCCAACACCGGCUACGAGUUCUCCGUCCUCGUCACCAAGGGCCGCCGCUCCAGCACCUGGAGCAUGACCGCCCACGCCACCACCCACGAGGCAGCCCUUCCGGAUUCUCCCGCCCCGCCCCCGGAGCCCGCCCCCAGCGUUCCCGAGGAAAUUCCCAGCCGGAACAUUCCGACGGCGUGCGUGCGACCGACCCACCCCCUCCGGAGUUUCGGGAAUUCGCUGCUGCCGCCGCCCAUGAAUUCCAUGGAGCCCAAAAUUCCCUACGCGCCGCUGAGGGGCUCCACCGUUGCCAAGGCUCCGGGUAAAACGGCCUCCCUGGGCUUCCCCGGCAAAGCCCGCUCGCCCCUGCUGCCGGUGGCCGUGCCCACGGCGCCGGAGGACGACGCCGGUGCCGGUGCCGAGGAUCCCGCCGGGGUCUACGAGCAGGACGACCUGAGCCAACAAAUGGCCUCUCUCGAAGGCCUCAUGAAACAACUCAACGCCAUCACCGGCUCCGCCUUUUAACCGGAAUUCCGGGAAUUCCCACA